GAAGAUGGUUAUUGAGAGGUUGAAGAAGAUGGUUAUUGAGAGGUUGAAGAAGACGGUUAUUAAGAGGUUGAAGAAGACGGUUAUUGAGAGGUUGAAGACGAUGGUUAUUGAGAGGUUGAAGAAGAUGGUUAUUGAGAGGUUGAAGAAGACGGUUAUUAAGAGGUUGAAGAAGACGGUUAUUGAGAGGUUGAAGAAGACGGUUAUUAAGAGGUUGAAGAAGACGGUUAUUGAGAGGUUGAAGAAGAUGGUUAUUGAGUUUGAAGAGGUUAUUGAGAGGUUGGAGAAGACGGUUAUUGAGAGGAUGAAGAAGAUGGUUAUAUUGAGAGGUUUGUGACAGGUUGGUAACACUGACUAGACUAGAGGAUGAGGAUAAACGCGAAGAGGAUGACGUCGAGGAGGCGGAGGAGGUUUAGGUUGUGGAGAUGAAGGAGAUGAAGAAGGGUAGGGAGAGAGAUUACGAAAGGUCAGAUGGGUAGCGGGGUCAUCGAGAGAGAGAGAGAGAAAGAGAGAGAGAGAGAGAUGUCAGGGGUCAACCUUAGACGAAGUAGAGAGCGAAUAGGUCAGGGCGGCGCGUGCGUGCGUGUGUGGGGGGAGAGGGAAAGAGAGGAGUGAGAGGGAGGGGCGAAGAGAGGGGUGAGUGGGAGGGGCGGAGAGAGGGGUCAGAGUCUCUUACGCACCGCCCGCCCGCCCACUC